AAAUCCUCUUCUCAAUCUAAAUCACAUAUUCUCUGCUAUUGUAUGUAACUCUUUACCUAUAAUCAAGUCAUCAUGCCUCAAAUCGCCAACCAACCCCUCCUCGGCCCCCUUGUCAGCCUCAAUGCUUGGACCUAUGCUAUGGAAGCCCUACUCUACAAACGCCGAACUCCAGCCCUCAAAAAGUACAAUAUCAGCUUCGAUCCAGAGAUUGUUAAGCAGGAGAAGGCAACAAAGUUGCCUGCUUUUGUGCAGUGGCCGGCAGAUAACUUCAAUAACCUGCUCGAGCAACCGACCCAGUUCUACGCUAUUUCUCUUGCGUUAAACUUGUUGAAUAUCAAGGAUAAGACUACAGUACGUUUAGCAUGGGGCUACGUCGGUCUGAGAAUCAUCCAUAGUCUGGUCCAUGUAUCGACUAAUAAUGUUCUCAUCCGCUUUCCGGUUUUUGCCGCCAGUUCACUCGUGCUUGUUGGAAUGACGGUCAAGGCCGCGCUGGAGCUUUGGUUUUAGAAGAUGGAUUAAAUGUAUAGAAAGAGAUUAUGUUUCUUAUAGCAUAGCUA